AUGCAUCGGCACGACCUCAUCCCGUCGGAAGAGAACACCCAGAGGCGCAUUCCCGAAGCAGGAACUGCGGUGAAGGAGUAUUUUAAACUCGAAUCGAUUGGCAUCAGCACAUCGACCAACAGCCUGCAAUCUAAAGACAACGAGCGCGCGUUGGCCAUACUGGAACGAGAAACAAAGCUAGUAGACGGACGCUACAAAACGGGACUCAUAUGGCGCCGUGACGAUCCAGAUCUAACUUGUAACAAGGCUGCGGCCACGAAACGGUACGUAUGCCUAACACAAAAAAUGAGUAAAGAUCCUGUUCUAUCCAAAGCUAUCCAGGAGAAGAUGCAGGAAUACUUAGCAAAAGGUUAUAUCAGGAAGCUUGCAGACACCACCUCGAUUGUACGGCAGAAGAACGAUUGGUACCUUCCAAUCUUUCCGGUAACCAAUCCGAACAAACCCGGGAAAAUCCGUAUGGUUUUCGACGCAGCGGCCAAGGUGAACGGAGUAAGCGUGAAUUCCAGACUUCUUCCUGGACCCGACAUGCUUGCUGGACUCGUGUCAGUGCUGAUGAAGUUCAGAGAGAACCGUGUGGCGAUUGUCGGCGACAUACGCGAAAUGUUCCACCAGGUGGCCAUCAAGGAAACGGAUCAACGAAGCCAAAUGAUCCUGUGGGACGGCGAAGACCCCGAUGCCGGACCGGCAAUUUACGUCGUAACCGUGAUGACGUUCGGAGCAGGGUGUUCACCUAGCAGUGCACAAUACGUAAAAAAUGUGAACGCAGGACGAUUUGCAACAGAACACCCCAGGGUAGUCGAGUGCAUAGUACAUGAACACUACGUCGAUGAUAUGCUAGCCAGCGUCGAGACGGAAGAGGAAGCUAAAGAUCUGGCCGACGCGGUCCGUUACAUCCACGCGUGCGGUGGUUUCGAAAUCAGAAACUGGGUUUCGAACUCUCGGGCCGUCAUGCAACACCUGCAAGAGGAUACAAAGGGGAAAGAUAUUAGUGCGAACUAUGAUGCCAACAUUGAGCUGCACGUCUUUUGUGAUGCGAGUGAGAAGGGUAUGGCAGCAGUUGCUUACUUCCGUUUCGAGGAAGGAAGGGAUAUGCAUAUCGAAUGCACUCUGGUAGGAUCGAAAACGCGCGUGGCGCCGCUUAAAUUUUUAUCCAUCCCCACACUGGAGCUGCAGGCCGCGGUCAUCGGUGCAAGGCUAGCGAAAACCAUAUCGCAAAAUCAUCGACUGUCGAUCGGACGAACAAUCUUCUGGACUGACUCUAAGAAUGUCCUGAGUUGGCUUAACUCAGACCACAGGCGCGACAACCAAUUUGUAGCAUUCCGUGUAGGAGAGCAGCUAGAAGGAACCAAUCUGGAUUAA